ACACAUCUUCUCCAAUCUUCAUUCUCCAUCUUCAUCUCCAUCUAUUGUAGUAUUUGUAGAAUUAUUAUAUCAACCAUUUUUAAGAUGGAAAGUCAAUAUGCCGUUAUACGGUAUAAUUGUGAUACGCAGAAGGACCCGAGGAUCGGGAUGUGGUACGCAACUUGCAAAUGGUGCGGGAAAAAGUGUAGCAUGGGGGUUUCACGCGGAUACGAGAUGGCAAGGAAGCAUAUUAAGUCAUGUGACAAAGUCAAAGGACCGGGAGGUCCGGGAAGUUCCGAUUGAUUACAAAAUGUAUUUCAUAUUGUAAUUUUUUUUUCAAUUGUGAAAUGUAGUUCCUAUUUCAUUUCAAAUAAAUGCAUUUGGAGUUUGUUUUUAAUA